AUGAAGUACCUCUUUUCUACGAUCGUAUUGGUACUCGGGACGGUCCCAGUCGGGACAAACAUCUUCAGUUGGCUACGCAUAAAGCUUGUGUACCAAAAUAUGGUGGAAUCUGGUGGGGCAGGCUGCGUUGGCCUCAUCGAUAUUCCACAGAAGCUUAGCAACGAGUGUGCGUCUUGGUUACUUUCGUGCCUUCGCAACAUGACGAACAGGCAUCCAGUGCUCUUCUUAACGAGAGGCAGCGUGAUUGCUGCCGAUGUUAUUGUCCUCGUUCUAACAUGGGUCAAAUCGGUCAAGCACACUCAAAGGAUGCGACAACUCAAGCUUGGGUCGUCUAUCAUGGCUGUGAUGCUUCGGGAUGACAACACCGCUUUAGGUACCAUUUAUUUCAUUGUACUUCUAGUCAUGAACAUCCUGCAACUCCUGACAUACUCAAGCACUCUCGAGCAGGGCAUUUAUUUGAAUUCCUUUUUGCAAACAAUGCCCCCUUUGCUGGUCCAGCGCUUUAUGCUGAACCUUCGCCAGGUCAACCCCGCCGCCCGAGGAAGGAGCUCAGAGCAAUCGCGCUCUCGGAUCUCUUCUAUAAUUUUCCGAGCGUCCUCCGAUUUCCUCGGAAAUAUCGGCGAGCCUCUGGAUCACGGCCAGUCGGAGCGCACGCAAGAUGACGAUGACGAUAUCACUCAACCAGAAUCGCCGGAAGAUCAAUUCAAUGAGGGUUUCGCGCAGUAUAUUGACCCAUCAUAUAUGCGCCGAAGUGGUCCAAGGGAGGCUGGUAUCAUUCGGUGCCAGGAUCCACCGAAUCCUUGA